UUGCUGGUCAAGUCCAGGAACCCUGGUGGUGUCUUUCAGGUGGAUAAUGCCCUAUGCAUCAGUGUAAAAGUUCAAUUAUAGACUGAUUGUUGUCUUAGCAUCCCAAGUAUUUUCUUUCUUCUUGUGCUUCUUUCUUAGCAGCUUUGGGACAAGCCAGACUAAUCCAACCUCCCAAUUUCCAGGGUCUGAUCCUUCAAAGCAAACAUGUUUUAACAAAUAUUAAAAUAUGUGAAAGUUUGUCUAAAUAAUAAGCUGUAAUUGGACACAAUGUCACAGGGCAGGUUCUUGACUUGAAUUCAGAAAACAUUUGGAGAAGAGCGUAAACAGAAGACCUAGUUCAACCCUUCUGAUAGCAGUCCCUUCGGUGCGUCUGCUUCACAGAAACAAGUCAUUUAAAGUCUGGAAAUGUGCAACUCAAGACUAUUCAGCAUCACUUCAAGUUUCUGCAAACCCGUUUCAGAGGUAAAUCUGCAACAGCAAGCCUGGUUUACAACAAAAUUCAUUCAGCUGCUGUGAUGAAGUCUUAAAACCUGAGGUGAAGAUGGAUUUCAGAGCUGAUGGACAUUUUUUAUUUUGUUUGAUAACCUGAGGAUAAGGGACAUGAACUUUUAAGUGUUCUUCAGAUCAAAUUUUGCUUUCAGAAAGGUUUGCUUCAUUGUAGGAUGAGAGCUCACAAAACGAGCUCCAAGGGGGGCUUUCUGGAAAGAAAUGGCACGAUUAGUUGUAGCGUUUUUUUAGACUUAAUCAGAGGAUGCAAGGGACCCAGUGUGCUUUGAUUAGUAGAAUUAUUAAUGCAAAAUAGAUGCUGUAAUCACUGAUUGCUAUUUUAAAAAAUCCUACAAUGAGCAUAAUACACUAAAAGAAAUAAAUUGACAUGGCUGUGGAAAAAAUAUUUUCAUGUAAUUACAUUUUACUUAUUUUCACUGCAAGAGUUAUUUAAUGUCAUCAUUUAAAUUAUUAGGGUUAUAGUUGGCACAUUCAUAUAAAAAAUAUUAAAAACAUUCCCAUCUCACCCUCCGUGGGUGGUCUCAUCCUUCCAAGCUUGGGUCCUCUACCAGAGGCCUGGGAGCUUGAGGGUUCUGCAGUGUGUGUGCCCUGUCACUGUGACUCGAUUGCUCAUGCGCCCCAGCUGGCUACUUGGUCAAGGGGAUGUCCCUUUGGCUGACUGGUUGGCACAUAUGACUCUCACCUGAGAGCCUAGGGAUCGAAUCCCACCUGGACCCUUGUUUCUCCACCUUGCCACACACAGUCACCUAGCUGUUCUUAGACCUGCACUGUUCUGGACUGAGGUGUUUUUCCUGGGAUCUGCUUUAGCCACUCCUCCAGUUAGGGGGUUACUGCCUCUAGUGCCCAGAGGACCAUGGACACCAAUGUCUUCACUCUCCAGGCUUUCUCAAGUUCUUUAGGCCCUGAUACUUCUCUAGUUUCUUGUGUUCCUUUUUCCUGAUGUUGCCAUCACUUGGUAUUGCCACGUAACCACAACGGCUGUCCGCUGUUGUUUGUCCACCACCACAAUGUCUGGUUGGUUCGCUAUCAACAUUUUGUUGGUCUGGAUCUGGAAGUCCUACAGGAGCUUGACUCUUGUUCUCAACCACCUUUAGGGGGUGUUUCCCACUUUGACCUUGGGGCUUUGAGUCCAUACUCUGCACAGAUGAUCCUGUACAUGAUGCCAGCGCCUUGGCUGUGGCGUUUCAUGUUUGCUUUCCCUGCCAGCAUCUUACACCCUGCUGUUAUGUGGUGGAUUACCUCAGGGUCCUCUUUGCAUAGCCUACACCUUGGGUCUUGUCUGCUGUGGUAGAUCUUGGCCUCUGUUCCUUUGGUUUUCAGGGCCUGUUCCUGUGCAGCCAUGAUGAGAGCCUCUGUGCUGUCCUUUAGACCAGCUCUUUCUCCCCAUUGGUAGGAUUUCUUGACAUCAGCCACUUCAGUUAUCUGUCUGUGGUACAUCCCAUGUAGGGGUUUGUCCUCCCACAAUGGUAUUUCCAGCGUCUCCUCAGCUGUUCACCAUUGUCUUAGACAUUCACUGAGCAUGUCAUCUGUUGGGGCCUUGUCCUUGAUGUACUUAUGGAUCUUGGAUGUUUCAUCCUGGACAGAGGCUCUCACUCUGACUAGUCCUCUGCCUCCUUCCUUACGGCUAGUGUACAGUCAGGGUGCUGGAUUUGGGAUGGAACCCUCCAUGCAGGGUUAGGAGCUUCCGUGUCUUAACAUCUGUGGUCUAUAUUUCUUCCUUUGGCCAGCUUAUUAUUCCUGCAGGAUAUCUGGUUACUGGCAGGGCAAAGCUGUUUAUUUCCCAGAUCUGGUUCUUACCAUUGAGCUGACUUCUUGGACUUGCCUUACUCGUUGUAGGUAUUUGGCUGUGGCUCUUUUCCUUGUGGCUUCAUCGAGGUUGCCAUUUGUUUGUGGAAUACCAAGGUACUAGCAGCUGUCCCCAAUGUCAGCUGUUGUUCCUUCUGGGAGUGAGACCUCUUCUGUGUGGAUUACCUUCCCUUUCUUUGUCACCUUCAGACCCAGAACACACUUCUCAAGUCUAAAUGAAGCUUGCAGCUUUAUGCCAUCCAUGAAGAGGAGGUGGCUGAUUGUGGUUCAAUUGGUGGUAUCCAUAUCCAGCCUUGUUGAUUUUUUGGAACUCCUUCAAGACAGUUGGAAAACCAUUUCAGAUGACUACCUUUUGAAGCUCAUCAAGAGAAUGCCAAGAGUGUGUGAAGCAGCAAUCAGAGCAAAGGGUGGCUAUUUUGGAGAAAAUAGAAUGUGAAAGAAUGUGGAGCACGAGGAAUGUCCAACAGAUGGCGCUGACACGUCCGAAUAAUGUCAGAUUAUGUAGAAAUGACCGAAGAAGAAUUCUCCACCAAACGAUCACCAACGUGUGUUACGAAUAGAAGUUUGUUUAACUACCUAAUUCAGUUCAGCACAGGAGCCGGCGGACUGUUUUAAUUGGAUAAAAGCCGCAUACAGACCAAGAAACUCGUACUAAAGAGGGCUGUCGGUUGUGGCUGGGAAGCUGCUGGGUGUUUGGAGAGCUAACAGCUAGAGAAAGUUUCUAACAGCAGCUGGGGAAAAUGGACUUUAAUAUUUUCCCAGCCUUGUCGAAAGAUGGCGCCAUACCCCUGGCAUCACUUCGCCUCUUGGUCCCUCCUCUGCAGCUUAUGACAGCCUCCAUGUGGCAGGUCUUGAAGAAACAAGAUGUGAUGAGCUACUGGAAGGUGGCAGAGUUCAUUGCUCUGGUGGUGGAGCUGGUCCCUGAGCUGCUGAUGUACCAGCACAGAACCCAGCUAAUCUUGGGACUUAGAGCCAGGUAUAUUCUGGAGAUAUUGCAAAGUGAGCAGCUGGUAAAUCCUGAAGUAAUUUUCUCCUACCUGGACAAGAUUAAACCACCUGACCCAACACUGGUAAGAGAAUCGGAUGACGAUGUGUUAAAUGCUAACUUUCUUGAAAUGAUUCAGGCACUGCUCAAGAAUCCUGAAGAAAGACGAUAUUUUUUUAAGGACAUCUUCCCUGUGGAGUUUGGCCCUCAAUAUAAUCGGGAUUUGCAGUCGCUCUUCUCUGAGUUUCUGUGCCGACUGGCUCAGCUGUUACCUGUACCUGACCUGCAACAGACCGUUUCCUGGCUCGGAGCGGAGUGCUCUCUGUUGGACGACUGUGUCCUGGUGGUCUCUGAGUCUACACACCUGGUCAACCUGCUGCAGCUCCACAGAAACCUCAAACAUUUGGAGCAGCAUGUUCCACCUGCUAGCAUGGGCGACAGCAUCCUCUCCUCACUCUCUGCCUUUUCGCUUCCAAAAGAAGUCAAGAGGGUGGACCAGCCCCUGCAGACAGAGCCACUGCCAGACCACAUGGGUGACAUUCAGACUGUGGCUCUAGUGGAAGAUAACGUAGCUGACAUAAUCCUGGUUUCGGAUUGUGCAGAGGUUGAAGUAAGCAUGACCACGGACAACGAAGAGAUUAACACAGAAGACUGCUUUGAAGGAACAAACAGAGGAACAUUUUCUGAAGACAAGACCAGUGAAGAACUGUUAGAAGAGGAAGUACCACAAAUCUCAUCUUCCUCUCAACAAAAAGUCACCCCAGGGCUGCAUGACUGCCCAGACUGUGGGAAGAAGUUUAAGUUUUCCUCUUCGCUGCUGGCUCACAGCGUCAUCCACACCGGGGAGCGACCCCACCGCUGCAGCGACUGCGGCCGCUGCUUCUCCUUCCGGCAGUCCCUUGACAGGCACAGACACACACACAGAACGGGGCGCAUGUACGACUGCAUCAUCUGCGGGGAGACUUUUCACUCGCUGUCGGCUCGCAAGCAGCACAAGCAGAGACACAUGGAAGAUGGAGUUUACGCGUGUCAUCAGUGCAACAGGAAGUUCAGCUGGGAGCUGUCGUUUGUGAAGCACCUUAAAACUCACGCUGAUGAUGGAAACACGAUCAACCCUGGAGAGAGUUACUGGGAGCAACAGGAGGGUCUAGGACCUGACACCAGCAUCAGGGAAGCUGAACCUGCUCGUCCCGAACAUUCAGUGGAAGCAGGUGACAGAAGUGAUCAUCCAGGGAGCAGCGAUCCAGGAGGUCCUGCUGGAGACGGAAAUGAAAGUGUCCUCCUUCCCGUGAAGACUCGCACAAGCGGACGCCAACGCAAACCGACCAUGAAGGUCCAGGUGACAAAUCUACAGAAGCAUCUGGCCAGCAAACAAAGAAAGGAGAUCAUAAAGGCGACUGCUCCUGCGCUGAGGCCUUUACCUUUGGCUGGCUCUGAGCACUCAUAUGGAUCAUCUAUGGUCUCAAAGGAGGGAAACAACAACUCUCCAGCAGAGACCUCACCACCGGCCUUCUUCUGUCCCCAGUGCUCCUUCCACCACCCAGAAGAAUCGCAGGUCCUGCAGCACAUUGCCGACGUCCAUCCGGCUGAAGCUGUGGAGGAGAGUUUGAUGUCCCAGCCUCCCACAGGUCAAGAACCUUAUCGUUGUGCAGACUGUGGCAAGACGUUCCGCUUCAAGUCCUUACUAAAGGUCCAUCGACGUGUCCACACGGGCGAACAGCCUUUCUCCUGCUCUCAGUGUGGACGCCGUUUUUCCUUCAAACAGUCGCUGGAGAGGCACAAGCAGACACACAAGUCUGGACACAAGUUCAAGUGUCUUCUCUGCGGGGAGCUCUUUAAAUCUGUGGCGGAGCAGCGCUCGCACAGGAGCGCACACAGGGAGGACGGGGAGUACCUGUGUUCAGAGUGCGGUCAGGCUUUCGCCCGGAAGUCAGUGCUGAUAAGGCAUCUCAAGACCCAUGACAUGGACCCGGAUGGGAUGGAAAGUUCUUACAAGUGUCCUCGCUGUGACCUGGCUUUCAGCUGUGCCAGCUACCUCACCAGGCACCUCCAGAGCCACAAAGAGGAAAAGACACACACCUGUAACUGUGGGAAGAGCUUUGCCUACCGCUCUGCUCUCACAGCACACCAGCGCAUACACCAGAAGGAGCGGCCGCAUAUCUGCUCGCAGUGCGGAAAGGGGUUCCUUUAUAAGGGGGGUCUGCUGAGCCACAUGAAGAUCCACUCUGAGGAAAUGCCCUUCAUGUGCUCCUUCUGCGGCAAGAGCUUUAAGAGAGAACGCAACAUGAAGAAACAUGAGCGCUGUCACACCAGGGAGAACGUUUUCAGCUGCUCGCAGUGUGACAAGAGCUUUGUUUAUAAGGCCACACUGAUCAGACACGAGCUGACACACUCUGGUGAGCGGCCAUAUCUCUGUUCCGUCUGUGGGAAGGGUUUCUUCUCCCACGCGGAGCUUUUAAAACACGAGCGCUUCCACACGGGCCACAAGCCGUUCCAAUGCUCUCACUGUGGCAAGAGCUUCACCCAGUCCUGCUACCUGACCAUCCACCUGCGCUACCACACAGGAGUCAGGCCGUACUCCUGCUCCGAGUGCGACAAGAGCUUCCUGAGCGCCAACCGGCUGAAGAGGCAUCAGCGGACACACUCUGGGGAAAAACCCUAUCUGUGUGUGGAGUGUGGGAAAGGCUUCAGACAGUCUUAUCAUCUGAAAGUACACCAGCGAACACACGUGUCAUGAAG